AUGAAAGCCAAAGUAAGUACAAAGUUUAACUUGAUUGUUAGUGUCACUCAAAGUAGAAAUGCUAGGAGAUAUGCUUUGGAUGAGAUAAAGGGUAGUUUGAUAGAACAUUAUGGUAAAGUAUGGAGUUAUGGAGAAGAAAUAAUGAGGAAAAAUCCUGGUUCAAUAGUAAAGAUAUAUGUGAAUGUCAUGCCGGAUUCCACCACUUACUUUUCUAAAAUGUAUGUUUGUUUUAAGGGUGUGAAGGAUGGCUGGAUUGCAACAUGUAGGAGGGUAAUAGGGGUAGAUGGUUGUUUUAUAAAGGGUAUAUGUAGAGGCCAACUGUUAGAAGCUAUGGGUAGGGAUGAAAACAACCACAUCUUCCCUAUUGCAUGGGCUAUGGUGGAAGUUGAAAAUAAGGAAACAUGGAAGUGGUUUCUUGACCUCCUUCUGGAUGACAUUAAAAUGGGAAUUGGUCAUGGAUUGACCCUCAUAUCAGACCAACACAAGGGAUUAAUAGAGGCUUUCAAAGAAAGGGUUCCAGCAGCAGAGCAUAGACAAUGCGCUAGGCACAUCUAUGCUAACUUCAAGAAAAGAUUCAAAGGUGAACAAUAUAGGAAGUUGUUUUGGGUAGCAGCUACUAGUACUACUCAACCUAAAUUUGAGGCAGAAAUGAAUUCCAUACAAAAAAUUGACCCUUUAGCUUAUGAACACCUCAUGGAAAGGGACCAUAAAAGUUGGUGCAGGGCAUUCUUUGAAGUGGACAGGGCUUGUGAUGCUUAUGAGAAUGGCAUAUCAGAAAGUUUCAAAUCUGUUAUUGAUCUUGCUAGGAAGAGGCCACUCCUCACCAUGUUGGAAGAGAUAAGGAUUUAUACAAUGGAGAUGAAGUAUAAAAUGUUGCUAGAGGGACAAAGUUGGGGGAAUUUAUAA